GUGACCGGACCCUGCCGAGGCAGUCGCUCCGCGGCCGCUGUGGACCCACAUCAACAAGUAAAUAUUGAGGAAUCGGUGAUCGAAUUCUUGUUGUUGAACAUGCUUCUUGCCGCUCCAACAUCAAGCAAUAAAUCCAACUUCCACUCCAAUUAGGUCCAACUAGCAUCCUUUUGCCAUUGCGUCCGACAACCACAAUUCGGCACGAUGGCGGAGCAUAGGAACAAACUCAAGAUCACCAACAAAAAGUCCAGCGAGCCUCUCAAGGGGCUCGUGGAGCUGAUUGACCUGCCCCGCGACGCCACUGUCGAGGAUGCGAAGCGGAUGAUUGCCCGCCAGUCGGGUAUUAGCGACUACAACCGCAUUGGCUUGUACGACCCGAUCUACAGGCAAACGAUUAAGGACCGCAAGGCUAUCGUUUGGGACCAUCCGGACGUUGCCCAGGCCCGUGAGCUGGUCGUCAAAGACCUGGGCCCCCAGGUUGCAUGGCGCACCGUAUAUAUCAUCGAGUACCUCGGGCCAAUUAUCUUCCACGCCCUCAUCCCCCUCGCUCGGCCAUACAUCUACCGGUUCCCGCCGUUCUUGUAUAGGAACGAGAGCGAGACGCCCAUGACGCAGGUGCAAUGGCUGCUAUUCGCCCUGUUCCACCUCCAUUUCCUGAAGCGCGAGUUCGAGACCGUCUUCAUGCACAAGUUCUCGGCCAACACGAUGCCCGCUCGCAACAUUGUCCGCAACUCGGCCUUCUACUGGCUCAUCGCGGGAGUGCUCUGUGCUCUCGAGAUCUACGCCCCCGGCAGCAUGUCCACGCGCAAUGAGCUCGGCCUGCUCGACUACCUGGGCAUGGCGAUCUUUGUGGUUGGCGAGACGUGCAACCUGAUUGUCCACAAGCACCUGGCCAGUCUUAGGAAGCCCGGCGGCACCGAGAAGGGCAUCCCGAACUGCAUCGGCAGCAACCUCGUCACAAGCCCCAACUACAUGUUCGAGGUGAUUGCCUGGGUGGGCGUCAUCCUGAUCAGCCGCAGCUGGGCGGUCGUGUUGUUCAUUUGCACCGGCAUGAUUUACAUGCGCAGCUGGUCCCGCGGUAAGGAGAAGGCCCUGCGCAAGGAGUUUGGCGACAGGUACAAGAAGAAGCGGUACACCAUGCUGCCGGGGCUGAUCUAGUCGGCAUGUAUGGUUGAGCCACUGAGACUGUUCAGGUGUAAGCUGUGCGAUGAAAAACUGUGAUGUUAGGGGCACGCCACUAGCGUUCUGCCAUGAUGGGUAUGGGCUAUAGAUUUAGACAUUGCUCCUUGCAUUAUCCAAGAAGGCGGUGAAGGAUGGGGAUUGGGUGGACGAGUAGAGAGGCGCACUUGGAACACAAGGGAAAGCGUGGGUCGUGAGUAUAACCCAGGGCAGCUCACGUCUCGCUUGAACUCCUGUGAUAGUUUCGAUCUUCGAAUUGUUAUUAAUUAUCUAGGC